UCCAAAAAGAGGAGAAAAAGAAAAGACACAAACUCAAUAAACAUCCGACCGCCUUUGCAUUUGAUUUUUUAAUUAAAUAGUAGAUUCCAUUUUUAGAUAAAUCACACCCCUCUCCCUUUCUCCUUACAAAACAAACAUUAAAUUAAGAUAAAAGAGAGACAGAGGAGAAGAUGCGGAACAUGGGCAGCUCCCCCUCCCCGCGAGGCAUCGCUGCGAUAGUCGGCGUGGGCGGAAAGCUCGGGCGCUCUGUCGCCCGCAAAUUCGCCCACGAAGGCUAUACCGUCGCUAUUCUCGCCCGCGAUCUCGGAAGGCUGUCGAGAUUCGCGGACGAGAUAGCGCGGGAGGAGAAGGCGCAAGUGUUCGCAAUCCGCAUCGACUGCUCGGAGACGCGGAGCGUGAAGGAGGCGUUCGAGGGCGUCCUCUCGCUCGGAUUCGUCGAGGUUCUGGUCUACAACGCCUACAACCCGGCCUCGUCGUGGGCCCCCACCGCCUUCGCCGACAUCCGACUCGACAGUUUCGAGAAGUCGCUUGCUGUCUCCUCUGUUGGCGCAUUCCACUGCGCCCAGCAGGUGAUCCCGGGGAUGGUGGAGAGGGGGAGAGGGACGAUUCUAUUCACCGGCUGCGCGGCGUCGCUCAACGGCAUUGCCGGUUAUCCUGAUUUGUGUUGUGGGAAAUUUGCUAUGAGGGGCUUAUCGCAAUGCUUGGCGCGAGAGUUCCAGCCAUUGGGAAUUCAUGUAGCUCAUGUCAUCAUCGACGGCGUGAUUGGCCCACCCACGUCGGCUGCACCUAGGAAUGCAUUGUCAUCAACGUCUGGAGGAGGUAUGAUGGAUCCAGACGUGGUGGCUCAAACCUAUUGGCAAUUACACGUUCAAGAUAGAUCGACAUGGACACAAGAGAUAGACCUCCGCCCGGGCGGCCCAAGGCUAUUCUAAACCAAAAUCAAAUUAUAUGGAGGAGUAUAUGCUCUUGUUACUUCUAUUUGCAUUACCAUUAAUUCAUCCAAUUCCAAAUGUCUAUUCCAAUGUAAUUCAUCUAUGGGUGUCGUGUUGCCUGGCCUUGAUUUGUGAAAUUAAGUAUUUUUCUACUUUA